AUGAGUUCAGAAAACUCAGAUUCGGGCCCUGGGCUGACGCUGUCUUUGGUGGCUCAAUUCGAUGAUAUAAAUCGGUUGAACGGAAUCCUAAACGACGGGGCGGCUGAAGAAUGUUUCCUUGCCUUUCUAAAACAAAUGGAAUGGGUCCGUGGUCAGUGGGCAGCCGCAGAGAAAGAGGCAGCUCGGAUACAAACGGAACUGGAUGAGGCACUCCGCACUCUUGCCAAGUGGGAGGCCAAGUUUGCACAUGUGAGGAAGUUGCUGGACGGAGAGAAGAGGGAGAGGAACAUUGUGCUGAAGAAGUAUAAUGAACUGAGUAAACUUUUGGACAUGGCUAGAGACCUCCUCUUCAAUGAUAACCGUGCGAAGCUGAAUGAUGAGACCCUGCAGAAACUCGCCUUCCUCAAUGGAACUGCUCAACAGGACCAUAAUGCUAAGCUCAAUUGCGUGCCGGAGCUUAAUUCUACAGGUACUCUACUAUCAGAGAUGUCAUACUCCCGAUCUGAGGAUGAUUUGGACCUCUCGAUUGCGUCGACUCGCCGUUCCUGGGUGGCGCGCGGCGGGUGGAACGCGCGUGAAAACGCACCCGUACCUAAGAAACGACGGUCUUCUACGUCUUCUGCUACUAAGACGGUAGAGCUACAAGGUGGUAAAGUGCUGGCCACUGCCACCACUACACUGACACUCGAGCGCGCGCCCACCAGCCAUGACCUGAAGCCGCCUAAUAACUUCCAACCGAUAUCAGAGAGCAGUGACGAGGCGCCCCCGCCGCGCAAGUCGUCGGCGCGCCUGUCCGGCAGGGUGCAGCACUAUGGCAAGGAGGACUGCACGCCCUCCGCGCCGCCGCGCACUGACACAGAGAGUGGGUCGGACACUCCCCGCGCGGUCCCGCAGCGCACUCCGUCCGUGGUGUCGGCCGGCUUCGGCGCCUCGCCGCGCGCUCGGCCGCGACAACAUAACUUCGUCGCCAAGAACUUCUACAAGAGGGAGACCUGUGGCCCGUGUGGGAAGACCAUAAAGUUCGCGAAGCUGGGCGUGAAGUGCGAGUCAUGUCGCGCGCAGACACACCCGGAGUGCCGCGCGCUGCUGCCGCUGCCGUGCGUGCCGCCCGGGCCCGCGCCGCGACGGCUCAACGCGCCGCAGGAGGGUUGUAUCUCAGACUACGCUCCGUCGACGCCGCCGAUGGUGCCUGCGUUACUGGUGCAUUGUAUCAACGAGGUGGAGAAGCGAGGACUCACUGAGAAAGGAAUAUACCGCAUCAGUGCUACUGAUAAAGAUGUUAAACGACUUAAGGAGCGUUUCCUCCGCGGCUGCGGGUCCCCGUCGCUGUGUGGCGAGGACGUGCACGUGCUGUGUGGCUGCAUCAAGGACUUCCUGCGCUCCCUGCGCGAGCCGCUCGUCACGUCGGCGCUGUGGGCAGACUUCAUGGACGCGGCCAAACUCGGCGAGCCCAGCGACGCCACGGCCGCCAUCGUCCAGGCCGUCAGUCAACUGCCGCAGCCUAAUAGAGACACUCUCGCCUUCCUCGUGCUGCACUUACAGAAAGUAGCAGAAAGUCCAGACUGUGAGAUGGGCAUCGACAACCUGGCGAAGAUAUUUGGUCCCACACUCAUUGGCUACGGCCUCAUGUCACAACCCACCGAGAUGUACAAUGCCACUGCGCAGAUGUUCAAUGUGAUGCAGUUACUGCUCCGCCUGCCAUGCGACUACUGGUCUCAGUGGGCGUGCCCCAACAACGACCCGGCCUCGCCCGUCGCCGGCACUCUGCCACGACCACGAGGAUUCUUCUUCUCACCCGCCGAUACUGGGCUCUUCCGUUAUCGUGACGUCACACAACCGCCUGCGAUGAACGUCUGUAAUAUAUAUUUUAUCCUUAGCAUUAUAUAG